AUGAACCGGUAGACUAGAGUAUGGUGAGGCUUUGUGCAAACGCUACAUCAAGCUGCGGCUAUAGUUGUAAUCGGAACGUGAUCGUGUUGUAAUAAAGUGUAUGUGCCGUCACAUUCCGAUGAGGAUGGUGAUGCUUGCUUGAUUCGGUGUGAAAAGGAAAGUGUUUGUAGAAGGUCUCGUGUUUCGAAGAACGUGGCCCGAUUUUUCUGUGUUAAGUUCAGUUAAGUGUCCCCCCAAAACUCCCCGCAGUAACUACCGGUGUGAGGGUUGUAAAAGACAACGUGCACACAUCUGAAGAAAGUGUUAUUGAAGACUGUAAAAGAAUAGUGAAACGGUUCUUCUCCAAUUAGAGCCGGCGUGCUCUAUAUAUAAAUUCCUGCCUGCCUGCCUGCCUGCCUGCCUGCCUGACCCCCGAGAGAUAUACAACGAUGCGGCGCAGAUUGAUCAGGGAUUAUAUGGUCCCGGUGGUGAUACUGCUGACGGUUCUGCUGUGGACGAGUCUUUCGGAAGUGCACGCAAAGAACGAAGACGAUGGCUCGGACGACGGGGAUGACAUGUAUGCGGACGAGUACGACGAUACGUACGACGAGGACGACGAAAUCAGUGGUCCCCUACCAAUCGGGACGGAUCAGGCACGGCAUGAGACCGGUGACAGUGAUAAAUCGAGAGCAUCAUCCUCCACGACAGUAUCAUCUGGCACGACGGCCAAAGCAACGUCCACUACCGGUAGUCCAGCGGUGAUCAUUUUCGGUGAUGCGGACGAUUCUACGGAGCAGGACGAAUAUGCGUGCCCGGAUGCAUGCAGCUGUUUCGAAGGGAUGAAGUACAUAAACUGUUCCCACCGUGGCCUGCUGGACAUCCCCUCCACUCUGCCCAGUGUUGUGAUUCGGCUGGAUCUGAGCCACAAUAAUCUGAAGCGGCUAAACGUGGAGGCGCUCCAGAACGCUACGGGACUGCAGGAACUCACCCUAUCGUACAACGCGAUCGAACAGUUUGACAAGGAACUACUGCUUAAGCUGGACAAACUGGAGCUGCUAGAUCUUUCCUCCAAUCAGCUAUCACAUCUGGAUAGUGAUUGUUUUGCGGAGGCCAGCAAAUCGCUGCGUCGGUUAUACCUGAGCAACAACCCUAUCGUCUUGCCGGACAACGGUCCCUUUCUGGAGCUGCCCGAGCUCGAAGCACUAUACUUGGUGAACUGCAAUCUCACUGAGAUACCGGACGAAACGUUCAAGGAACUGGGAGGACUCGAGCUACUCGAUCUCUUCGGCAAUCAGUUCGAUGAGGAAAUGAGCGUGGACAUGUUCGAGUCGUUGACGAAUCUGAUACACCUGCGGCUACCACCGCUGUCCGAAAACACGGUGCGCGAGCUAUGCGAAAAGCUGGAACGGAUCGAUGUAAUUGACAUAACGUCGCACAACAUUAGCUGCUUCUAUCUGGCGUCCGAAUCUUCGUUCGAGGAUAGCAUCAUAGUGGAUUUGCCGAAAACUCCCGAACCCGUAUACACGACCAAAGAACCAACCACACCCCGACCAACCCGCAAGCCACAGAAAACAUUGAACGAAAUCAUGCAGGACUACAAAUCGUCCACCUCCAAGCUGGAAUCGUCCGAUCUGGCACUGCAACCGACCACCACACGAUCUACCGAACCGAAGGGCGAAAGCAACAGAUUCAAUGGCAGCCUCGUUUCCUCCUCACAAUCCGGAUCACCUUCGUCCGCUUCCAUCACGCACACCGCCGGCAACUCGCCGGCAGUGAAAGACGGUGCUGUGAUCAAGACAUCAUCCACCGGAUCCGACUCCCACAAGGACGGUGAGCAGACACUGCUUUCGUCGAUAUCGCCCGAAACGAUGAAGCAGAUCCUGAUGGGCAUCAUUGGCGUGACUGUGCUGAGCAUUAUCAUCGGACUAAUCUGCCGGCGAACCGGCAUGAAGAACAAACUGUGCGGUACGAAGCGACGCCCGGCACCGACAGAUCAAGUGCGACCGGCCGAGGAGGUCCCCCUCAACAAGGUCUAAAAGGGGGGAGCGAGAGCGAGAGGCCGAGGUUUUGCCAAUGAAAAGCAAACAUACAGGAGAACAGAUCAAUUGGGAACGGGGAAAUCAAUCCACGACAUUCGCGCAGACGAACGAAGCGGUGCGUGAAUGCGUGAGACGUGUGCCAUGAAUUGAAUUCGGCCGGUAUUUCCCCCAUCCUCGACAAGUAUGAUCAUCAGUGCAUGUGAUAUUACUUACAAAGUAUUAGGUAACAUCGUCUUCAAUAAGAGCUGUCGGUACAUUCGCGGGGGGAGAGCGGACGGUUGGGUGCUGCCAGAACGUGGUUACAUGACAUCAACCGACCGGGGAGAUCGUUGUCAUUUUUUGUUGUUGUGUAACGCAUUUAUGUUUUGUAAAUAAUUCUUCAAUUCACACAAACGCUAAACAAAACAGAAAACCUAUAUAGGAACCGAACUAGGAACAAAUAGGUCCCGCCAAGCGUUCGGUAGCGAAAGCAUCGGCAACAGUAGUAAUAGCCACAAAACUAGACGCUAUAUAUCUCUAUAUUAGGGCUGCCAGGAGUAGACGCUAUCAUUAUUCUAUAUCAUCAUCCUUUCCCCCCUUUUUUUUCGACGAUGGACAGAGGCUAGGCUACAGCGCGUGAUAUUUGUAAUAGUAGGACGAGAAGUAUCUGUGUAAUAAAAUUUCAUACUUUUCUUCUAUCGUCAUCAACAACAGCAAGCUGGUGAGCUUGAUCGGGCAGUUUGGAGCAGUCAAAAUAUGGACCACAUAUGGCUACAAUUACUAAGUAGAAAAAAACACCAAAUUAGUGGCAAAAGUAGUUUCGAGAAGCUCUCACAGGAAGAGUGAGUUAGUUCCAUCACUAAAACCGAGCUAAGAUAAAACACACGUUCUACGUUCGAGCUAGAGAGAAUUUUGUUUGUGUAAUCGAUAUUAAAAUGAUUUUUUCCCCCGAUAACGACACAGAAUGACGCGCACUUGCAGCUGGUUGGUAGGGUGCUUAUCUUUGAAUCAUAGAACUAAUAAUUUCCCCAGUCGAGCGCAAUAUUUCGUUACAAGAAAUAUAACAAUCCAUUAAAAGAGGGUAGUAGAGCUAGAGUUUGGUAGAUUUGGUCAAACACGUGUACCAUCAAACCUAUUAGCUUGUAAUGUAAGGCGCGCAACAAACAUCACAUAUUUCGGUUGUAAUAUAGUAGCAAUUCUGGUACACCGGAGGAGAACAUUGUCAUCCCACCAGUGCAGGAAGAGUGCGGAUGAUGGUUCUUUGUAGAGAUAAAGGUGACACACUUAGCACCGGAGCACCGGAUAAAAUAAAAUGAGAUGCGCAUUUUGUGAAC